CCUCAAAUAUGAUUUUGCAAAUUGCAAGUUGCAAUCUUACAAAUCAACAAAGUGUAGUUUUUUCAAAUUUGGUAAAAUGGUACAUAAUCAGUCUAAAAAGUCAUCUGGAUUUCCUUUACCCAAGAUUGUAUCAUCACCAGGAUCAAAGAUAACUCUAGGACAGAACUUUACUGGUCUUUCAAGAUUAGUCCGAGACAAUGUUGCUGAUGUACAUGCCAAUAUCCAGCAGUGGAAUACGCUAUAUCAUCAUGGUGUUCAAAUUCUUAAUAAAAUAAUACUUUCGAAAGUAGAUGAAACUUAUCCAAAUGAACUUGUGAGCCUUUGUGAGGAUUUAGAAAAAAUUUGUGAUGAAAUGGACACUAUUGUUGGAAAUUUAAGAAUACUUGCUGAUAAAAUGGAAAAGAUUUCACAAUUACCAGAUACAGAUCAAAUUUUAUUCUCAACAUGGCACAUGAAGAAAUUUGUUUCUAUAACUAAUGAAAUCUAUAAUGUACACAAAAAGGAAGCUACAGUAAAACGAAUUAUCCUAGAAAAUGUAGCUCAUGAGUAUACAGAAUCUUUAAAAGUAUUACAUAUAGCAGCAUGGCUCUAUCAACCAUUUAUACCAGACAAUAUUAAUAUUGAUUUGGAGACGAUGCUAAUUGAAACAAAGUUAAGACAACUUCAAGGAAAAACUUGAAGUAUAGAAGAAAUUACAUAUUAACAAUUUUUGAAUCACUCAUAUUUUAAAAAUUUUUUACAUACAAGUAAUGAGAAAUACAAAUUUUAUACAAUUUAAAUUUAGAAUUUUUAUUAGAAUUUUUUGAACAUAUG